AUGUCUCCUCCAAGCUCAUCGGCGCUACCUGACAUCGCCACGAAAGUCGACGAUCUCGCGGUUUACCCUGGAGGCGCGAAGAGCUCUGCGGUCGAGCUCGAGUACGGGGACAAAGCCGUCAUCCAGCACUUCCAUGUCUCCAAACCUACCGGUGUCGAACAGUUCCUUGUGACCGAGGACGAGGUUGUAGAAGAUAUUCCGCCUCCGCCGCCUGGCGGGUACAAGCUCUACAAACGCCGCUGGGCGGGCAUCGCGGCUCUCUUCGCGCUCGACGCGGUGGUCUCGAUGGGACUGAGCUGGUUUGGGCCUAUCGCUGACGAUGGUGAUCAUCUUCAUCGCUAG